AUGUCAGGAGCCAUGGAAGGGUGCCCAGAACCUUUGGAAAAAAUAUUCCAAAAGGUGGAGGAGGAGAGCGAGCGCCGAGCGCAACAAGAGCAUCUUGUCAGUCUCAAGGCCGCUGAAGCAACAGAAAAGUCACUGUCGGCAAAACGACAGAAGGAGAGGCGUCGAGGGAGUAUAUCUAUUUCGCGCGUUGGCCAGCUGUCCGAAGACGACUUCGUGUCGACCACUCAGCCCCCCACCCCCGGCAGCCGUUCCAACGUCGCCAGCAACUCUCCGUUUUACCAAUCGCAAAUUGCGAAUGCAAGCACCAACUCAGUCGCGUCUGGAGCCUCCGCCUACUCGAACGAGCAAGCGCAUACGGAGGACGACAACCACGUCACUCAAAUGCAGCACAUUGCCGCUAAACCGAGUAUCUCUGCAAAGAUGAUCCCUAGACGUCUGAGCCGGUCGCACUCAGCAAGCGUUAUUCCCAACAGGGCCAUGGGCAACGCGGAAUCCAAUAUGAUCAUUGGAGUCUCAGUUCAGGAAGCCACUACUGUCAAAACCGUACGGGAAGAAGGCGACGACGACGAUGUCGCUGCCGUUUCUACGACGGUCCAGGCGUCCUCAAAGCUGCGUAGCCAGCCUUCGCGGACGUCGCUGUCGGUGACGACGAAGACUGCGCCUAGUGGUUGGUUUUCGAUAGCCAAGGGUUUCACGCAGAAAUUCAAGCGGAAGAAUAAGACACCGGUCACUUCUGUCUCCUUUGCUCCAUCAUAA